AUGCCUUCGCAAAUUGCUUACUCUUCAGAGCUGAAACUCUCAGAUAUUGACAUCAAACGUGAGCUCAGUCGCUCAAAAGCUUCAACAGUUUAUGAAAUCCGGCUACGUGGAAAGCCAUGUGUCAUGAAGCUUUUCCAUGACAACGGUGACCCAGGAUACACAAAAAAGGGCCGAGAUUUGAAUCGUUUUCGCUGCGAGUUGAACGCCUACCACAAUCUCCGUGAAUUCGGCGUGUGCGACCGAGGCUUUGUUCCCGCUUUUUACGGCCACAUCGAUCGAGUUGAUCCGUCUGCUUUCCACCCUCCGCUUCAGCAAUUCGCCGACGAUAAAUACCAACCUAGGGCGAUCCUGCUCGAAUACUUGCCGUGUGCUGAAAGGCUCAAUUGCGAAAAUUAUUCCGAAGACCUCUUUCGCUAUGCAGUUGAGGGCAUAAAACAGAUCCAUGACGCAUUUGUCCACCACCAUGAUAUUUACCCGAAGAAUAUGCUUGUUGUAUCUGGUACAAGGAUUGUAUGGGUUGAUUUUGAUGUUGCGACAACUUUCAGCAGCAUGGGCCCUUGCGAGAAGGCAUAUUGCGAUUAUGAAACCGAACUUGUCGAGAGUUUUGGAAAGCUUCUGAACGAUGACAAGAGACAGGGUCUUCCACCAAAUACAAAGUAUUACUGA